AUGCUCCUGCAAUUAUUACUACUUCAAGUGCUGUUUCCAUUAUCUACGGCAUUUUUCCUACCAACUCCCUCAUGUGGUUGUCCGCCAACUAAUCCAUCAUGUCCUCCGCAACCUGGCUGUCAGCCAAUCCAUGGAGUAACAACACACCAAGUACAAACUGCUCCUAUAGCUCUACCCGACGAACUGGAAAUGAGAGCAGCAGCCUUCGGUAUUCCUAUAGCACAACAGCAUACUCCAAACAAUCUAGAGCAGUUUGAAAAGCUGGUCGAACGACAGGAGGCUAUCUCUUCCAUUCCUGAAAAUUCAGGGACAGCCACGGUUCAGGAAACUCCUGACGUUUCCGUAAGACUCGAGACCGAAGAAGAUAUGCGGCGAACGCCAGAAGGACUUGUGACGCCGACGGAAGACGCAUUAGCAGACAAUUCUGCGAGUGAAAAUGAAGAAGAGGAAGAGUCAUUGCCGACAACACCAAUUCCAGAAGCUUCUUCAAAAUGCAACAGCCAAGUGCUUAAGAAACUUAUGCUUGAUCAAAUGACAACGAACUCGUCCGAGUCAAAACGGAAGAUCAACGUGGCCGCAGAGGAGAAGUUCGGCGGCAAUGUUGAUGUAAUUUGCUCAAGAGGCCACUUUUCCUAUGUCUUCGCGUCGAAUCUCUACUGUGAAGCAACAAAAGAUCUCGUCACCUGUAUAGCUUUUCGGCAAACAGCAGCCAUAUAACGUUAUGUAAUGCUUUAUAUAUCUGUAUGAAUUCAGAAUGAUCUAUGGCUAAAUCUACUUUGCACAUAUAUUAGCCAACCCCUCUCACAUCCUCAAGUACCGUUUUAUGCAAUUUUGUUCCUUCAGAACAUCCCACUUUAAAAAUUGCAUUUUAUGUUUGGUUAUAGUAUCUCUGCACUUUCUGAAAGAUGAG